AUGCUCUCAUACUUUUGGAAACAGCCUCCAAAGGGCUUCAACGCCCAAGAAGCGCUCCAGAGCCAGGCCCCCGGCCACUGGCUCCCAAAAGACCGCAGCCUCAUCGCGCAAUGGGUCGCGGAAAAGGCGAAGCAGGCGCGCGCGAUCAAGCACCCGGAACCCCUCGACCCGACCCUCGAAGCCUUCAAGAAGCUCGUCCAAGACGACGCGCACCUCACCAAGCUCGCCAACAAAAUGUUCACCGAGUCGUCCCGCAAGUACCCCCAGGACCCCGUCGGCCACAACGCCAUCAAGAAGUUUGACGACUUCGUUGCCGUCAUGAACCUGGUCCUGCGCUCCGGGCCCGAGUUCGUCACAAAGUCGUCCCCGUCGACCGCCAUCGGCCUCGUCGGGUGCCCCAUCAACGCGUUGCUCGACUGGCCGAUGGGCACCAUCUCGGGCUACGAGUUCUUCUUGCGGCCCGAGGUCAACGCCGCCAUCGCGGCGAUCCUCAACGCGUGGGGCAAGUUCCUCACGACGCCCGAGUCGCGGGGGUGCCUCGAUGGGUGGCUGUCCAAGGACGCGCGCGAGAUGAUUGCGAUGAAGGCCAACAACGGCAAGACGAGCCACACCUUCGAGGAGCUCUUCGAGUGCAACCCGAGCUGGGAGUACUUCGGCUUCGGGUCGUGGGACGACUUUUUCGUUCGGCGGUUCAGGGAGGGCGUGCGGCCGGUGGAGGCGCCGGAGCGCGGGGCACGAGAUGCGCGGUUCCCGGACCCGACGCUGGUGGUCGCGAACGCGUGCGAGUCGGCGCCGCUGCAGGUGCGCACGGGGGUGAAGCUCUUCGACACGUUCUACCUCAAGGGCCAGCCGUACUCGCUGGGCAACAUGCUCAACUGCCACAAGAAGACGGCGGAGUUCGUGGGCGGGACGGUGUACCAGGCGUUCCUGAGCGCGCUGAGCUACCACCGCUGGCACGCGCCGGUGAGCGGCAAGGUGGUCGGGAUCGAGUACGUGCCCGGCACGUAUUACAGCGAGAACUGGUCGGAGGGGCUGGCGGGGGCGAAGGGACAGGGCGGAGAGGACCCGGCGGCGCCGACGUAUUCGCAGCCGUAUCUGAGCGCGGUGGCGACGCGGAGUAUUAUGUUUAUUCAGGCGGAUAACCCGAGGAUUGGGCUGAUGGCGGUUGUGUUUAUUGGUAUGGUGGAGGUGUCGAGCUGCGAUUUUGUGGUGAGGGAGGGGGAGAGGAUCGAGAAGGGGCAGGAGAUUGGGAUGUUCCACUUUGGUGGGAGUUCGUAUUGUAUGGUGUUUAGACCGGGCGUAGAGUUACAGAUGGUUAGGCCCGGGCCGUGGGAUAUGGAUCGCGAGCACAACUUUGCGGUGAAGAGUGCGUUGGCUAUUGUGUCAUAG